AUCCACGCAAUGUAACGUAAACAAACAUUAUUUACCCACGUGUGCAUGUAUGGAAGUCGAAUUCAAUCGAAAACAUGACGCAAUUUUUUGACCUAAAUUUGAUAGAUAAUCGGUUUGACGAGAAGAGAAAACAAAGAGCAAUCGCUAGAGCAGCAAGAUUGGGAUAUGAAGUGGUUGCAAUUGAUCAUAGGCAGAAGAAGCUGGAUCGCAAAUCAAAGAUCCCAAGUGCCCCUGAGAGGUCAAAGCAUGUUGAAAGUGACCAGCUAAAGGCUCAAGGGAAGGAACUGAAGGUCCUCUCAAGAUUAACUGUGACCUUAGAUGAUUCUGCACAAACCAUUGUCCUGCGAUCUGAUAGCACAUCAACCUACGAUAUUCUGGCAGUUGAGCCCACCACUGAGAAGAUGUUUCACAAGGCAUGCACAGAGCUUGAGAUUGAUAUCAUCUCAUGUGAUAUGACUACAAAGCUGCCUUUCUACUUCAAAUAUCACUCCAUAAAACCAGCUCUUGAGAGAGGAGUAAAGUUUGAGAUCUGUUAUUCACCAGCCAUUCGAGACACUAGUUUACGAAGAUAUCUGUUCCAUAACGCUUUGGACCUUGUUAGUGUUACCAAAGGCAAGAAUAUUAUCUUGAGCGGUGCAGUUGAAAAUGCAAUGGAGAUACGAGGACCUCAUGAUGUUGCCAAUUUAGGAAACUUGUUUGAUUUGAGUGAGGAUAAAGCAAAAGCUGCCAUCUCUACCAACUGUCAGUCAGCACUCGUCCAUGCAUUUACCAGGAACUGCACUGUGAGGUCUGCGAUGUCUGUGCAGAAAGUAACGGAAUUAGCUCCCAGUGAACUUUGGAAGGUGAAGGCUAGCCUGGAAGCCAGUGGUUUAUCUGUGGAGUGGCUCAGAGAGAUGGAGGCAAAGACUGCCAAAAAGCCUGUGAGCCAGGAAAGAACUCCUGGGGAGGAGCCUAAAGAGAAGAGACAGAAGCAGAGGUGACACUCCUUAUUAUAGAUACACUUCAUAGACUUGAAUUUCUAGCUUUUACUUCUGAAAGCUUAUUGAAAUAGCAAAAGCAGAGUGCAUUAUGAUCUGGUUGCAGAUUCAUAACCCAAUAUGAGUAAAUCUACACCUACCCUAAUCCAAUGUUGGAGACGGUAACAUUCACCUGGCAUCAGACGAGUCAGGACAUGUUCAUGGCCAGAUAUGAUUCCAGGGGUGUGUUUCACAAAGAUUUAGGCCUCAUUAAAGAUCACACUUUUCCCUUUGCGUGUUGCAUGUAAUGCAUCACUGCAUUUAGUCAGACACAAUUCUUUGUGAAACCUUCCCUGGAACCUGAGAGUAGAAAGUUACAUUGGAAUCUGAAUGUGUUUGAUGGAUGUAGAGGUCUCACUCUAAAGAAAUUGAGCCAAACCACAAAGUGCUGUAUGAUUGUCAUACGAGAGGCAGACUGAUUUUCAAGCAGAAAAUAGAAAGAUAUCGUGAGUGGGGGGGGGGGGCCAACAUGGCUUUAGAUUUUUUGUAAGCCCUCAAUACUGGAUAAUUUUAGAUGUUUGUUAAUUAAUCAUUAAUUAGACAAGAUAAGACAAAUCUAACAUUGCUACUCAUAAAUUGAUUUACUAAUUAACUGUGAGGUGAAAUGUAUUCUGUAAGUAAGUAAGCUUCAUGUAUUUAUGUUUUUUAUUUUGUGAAAGAAGAGGAUCCAAAACUUAUAUAAACAAAAUAUAAUGCAAAUCUUCAUUCAUCCAAUAUGCAAUCUAUCUGCUCUUGCCGAGCCAGUGUUCAAUCCACUAGACUCGGCCUGAAAGCUUUACGCAAUAAUUUGAUUAGAGACCAAUCUCGUUUUCAGAUAUAGAUCGCAUAAUAAAAUCAUAAAGCAUUCAUUUCUUGAAUACUACUAUUGCAACU